AUGGCAGCGGCCCUAUCAGCCUCUGUUUCCUCUCUACGCGCAUCGCUACAGCUACUCGAAUCGUCAAUCGACAUCCUAGAUGAGGGUGUAAACGACUUCCCACGCCUUUGCAAAGUACUUCAAUCUACACGACACUUUGAACUGCUUCCAGAACCCACUUUAAAAGAAGCACAGCAGGCUAUUCUGGACGAAAUCACACCUAGCAUAUCACAUCUCCUUACAUUGGCAUCAAACCACACCGACAAACUUGCACGUCGACAGGAAGCAUUGAAGGCCAAGGCUGAACUGCAGGAGGGGCGCCUAUAUCAUGAACCACGCCCUUCUUCCAGGAGUAACUUACAUCAAGAUAGAAAAGCUGCCUAUUCUACUUCUAUGGCCGGUGGGGUUCUGGGAAGCAAAGCUGCCGAACUGCGCAAGCUGACCCAGAAGAAAGAGCGCCUACAGUAUGCUGUUGAUCGACUGGAGCUACAAUCGAAACAGCGCGAACGUCAGUUAAGGAAGAGCAUGGCAGCUCCUUGA